CAUUUGCAAAUUGCGACAAAUUAAAUAAAAUCAUUGUUGUUACUGAGGCAUGGCUUACAACGGUAGAAGCAGUAGCAGGGCUUACAAAGGAUUGUUCCAAACACUGUUCAACGUUGGAACUUCAAGCCCACGAUUCCUGCAUUCGUGUCCAGCCUUGUUGAUCCAGAACAUUCUCAAGUUCCGAAGAGACAAACCCACGGACCAAUUGUAUCGAGCCCUUGACCAGUGCGACGUCGACCUCAACCACCACCUCGUUCUUGACGUUCUCCAACGGCACCGCUCCGAUUGGCGACCCGCCCACGUCUUCUUCAACUGGUCAAAAACCGCCGGCUAUGAACCCAGUUCCGAUGUCUGCAACGAGAUCCUCGACAUCCUCGGUAAAAUGCAGCGCUUUCAGGAGUUGCACCAGGUGCUCGAUGAAAUGUCAAACAGAGAGGGGCUUGUCGAUGAAAAGAUGUUUGCCACACUGCUUCGUAGGUUCGUGGGUGCUCAUAAAGUGGACGAUGCAAUUCAGUUAUUCCGCAGGAGGAAGGAGUUCGGGUUGGAGUCUGGUUCCGAGGCUUUUCGUACCCUUUUGAUGUGGCUUUGCAGGUUCAAGCACGUCGAAGAAGCCGAAACGUUGUUUCAUAAUGUGAUGAAGAAGAAGGGUUUCAGUGCGGAUAUAAAGACCUGGAACGUGAUCCUGAAUGGUUGGUGUGUUUUGGGAAACGUUCAUGAGGCAAAGAGGGUGUGGAGGGACAUAGUGGCUUCUCCUUGUAAGCCUGAUGUAUUCACUUACGCCACCUUUAUCAAGGCGUUAACCAAGAAAGGAAAACUUGGGAUGGCACUGAGGUUGUUCCGUGGCAUGUUGGACAAGGGUUGUAAGCCAGAUGUUGUGAUAUGCAACUGCAUCAUUGAUGCUCUUUGUUUCAAGAAGAGGAUUCCUGAGGCCUUGGAGAUUUUUCGUGAUAUGAGUGGGCGAGGUUGCGAACCGAACGUUGCUACUUACAAUUCUCUUAUUAAGUACAUGUGCAAGAUACGACGAAUGGAGAAGGUGUAUGAACUGGUGGAUGAGAUGGAGAGGAGGAACGGGAGUUGCUUACCUAAUGUUGUUACUUAUUGUUGCUUGCUCAAGAGUUUGAAGGAGCCAGGGGAAGUUCACGAGGUUUUGGGGAGGAUGGAGAGGAAUGGGUGCAGCAUGAAUGAUGAUGUUUAUAACUUGGUGUUGAGAUUGUACAUGAAAUGGGAUGACGAGGAUGGAGUUAGAAAAACAUGGGAAGAAAUGGAGAGGAGUGGAUGGGGGCCAGAUAGGAGAUCAUAUACCAUUAUGAUUCAUGAGCACUUUGAAAAAGGGAGGGUGAAGGAUGUUGUGCGUUAUUUUGAGGAGAUGGUAGCAAAAGGAAUGGUGCCAGAGCCAAGGACAGAGAAGUUAGUAAGUUCUUUAAACAUUCGGGUGAAGGGGAGGACUGAAAAACAGGAAGAUGUGGAAGAGGAAAGAACUGGGCUUUGAGGUCUUGGA